GUCAAAAAAAUUGUCUGUGGUUUUUGUUGUGAAAUUUUGGUUACCUAUCACGCAAUUUUCCAAAAUUAUAUUUAUGGAUAACUUGCAUGAAAUGAAAAUUGAGCCAUAUUGUUAACUUAAUAUUGUGUAUGUUAAAUAACAAUAAUCGGACCUGUCAAUAUGAGUUCGAUAGUAGUGGCUGGUCUGGGCAUGGCGGCCGUAGGGUUCGCAGGUCGAUACCUUCUUCGACAGAUGCCGAAUGCCUCUACAAAGUUUGCUGAAGCAAUGAAAAAUUUACCCAAGUUUGAUGCGGAAUCACUUGCAAAUUCUAAAUACUACAAGGGUGGAUUUGAACCCAAAAUGACCAAGAGGGAGGCGGCACUAAUACUGGGAGUAAGUCCCACUGCAAAUAAAUCAAAGAUAAGGGAUGCCCAUAGGAAAAUAAUGUUACUGAAUCAUCCUGAUAGAGGUGGUUCCCCUCUAAUUGCUGCUAAAAUCAAUGAAGCCAAAGACCUCUUAGAAAGUGGAAAAUCAUCUUAACUAUGAUACUAAUAAACUCACCAAUCAUCCAGGUGAAAUCAUACAAUGGAUUGUUAGAAUCAGUUUUGUAAAUAUAGAUUAAAAUAAAAGACAUUGUUAACAUCUCAAA